AUGACCGACCUCUGGGCUGCCGAUGGCGCCGAAUUUGCUGAUGAACCAGGUAGAACGCAAUCGGCCAAGCGUCGACGCAAGAUCCUGGACAUAUCGGAUGACACAGAAGCUCUUCCCCGAAAGCGAGCUCUACUCGCGUGCGAUUCUUGUCGAUCUAGGAGGACCAAAUGUGACGGGCAGCGGCCGGCACAGGGAGUGGAAUGCAAGUAUCGGAAGGUCGCCGACCCGCCUCCAACGAGGCUGCAGGCCGAAAUCACCGGCAUCAAGGAGAGCCUGGGCACAAUCGAGAGUGUUAUCAAGGCAAGACUAGGUACAAUCGAGACACUCCUCCUCCAAGGUUCAGCCGCCUCCGUUGGGUCGACCAAGUCGACAGGUCACCUGCGCCGGACGAUCUCCCACUCAUCUUACCAGGCGCUGUCUUCCCCCGACAACCCUUUCAGUCAGUGCAGCUUUGCGCCGGUAGAUUUGCGCCCCGCGGCGCCCCACGAGACCUUGACCUUUCCGAACAUGAUCCUUAAUAACAAAGCAUUUGGUACUUUCAUCGGGCUGGACAGCUACCUAGCAACCGACCUGGUGGCGCUGGAACGCUCGUCUUGCCGUGUGGCUCAACCCUCGACGCGCCAGCAUCUUUUCCUGCCGCGCCAGAAGACCGUAGAAGCUUUGACGAGGUUCUACGAGGAAAUCUACGGAUGGUUCCCAAUUCUGAGUGUGGCGUAUCAGCACCAGUUUCUCACCAUCAUCGACGGCCCUCUGUUGUCGACGCCGGAAACAUGCCUAGCGCUCGUGAUCGCAUCGCUGGGCUCCAUUGUCAAUCGCGAGGACUCCGAAGGCCACCUCACGUUCAGUGAGCUCGCAUUUGGAAUGCUGUCUAAUGUGUUGGCGGAAUGCAGCAUAGUCUCGGCCCAAUGCUUGUUCUUCAUUGCCGUCUACUACAGCUGCCGCUGUAAGCCGCUCGAGGCCUACGAGUAUGUCUCGAUUGCCUCGCUGAAGGUCCAGACCCUGGUAAGACUCCUUUGGCCUAACUUGACGUUGUACUCAGUCAUCAAAACGACGAAGCAGAGACCGAGGCUGUCAGACGUGCUUAUUGGGCCGUCUUGCUCCUGGAAAGGCAAGUCCAGGGCCGCUACGGUCCUUGUCCAUCGGACUGACGAGAACGGCAGUGAGUUGUGUAUCCAGUUUCAGUUGCCCGGCACGGGAAUAUGGAACUUUGAUGAAGUCACCCCGCUUCCGAGCAACCAUGAGACCUGGGCUUCGUCCCCGGAUUCGGCCUCGCAGCUGUCCGAUGGAUCAGGAGUGUGUAUGACUCAGAUGCAUCGGGAGCAGCUCCUGAAAGACGCCGAUGCGUACUUCCUGGCCGAGAUCGCCAUGCGAAGGAUGCUGCACCGCUGCACCACGGCAAUACGCGAGACGGAAACGGGGGAGUUGGUCUAUGCCCCGGUGAUCGCGACGGAGCUCGGUUAUCAGCUGGAACAGUGGCACGAGCACCUUCCCUCAAGCCUCAAGUUCGACACGGUCAACGACGCUGAGCAGACCAACACCAAGCCGUCGGUCUUGUUUCUCCGGACGCAGUACUUUUCCUGUCUACUCUCCAUCCACUGGCCGGGCGUGUACCGGCUCAGCCAGUCAAGUGCAUGGCAGUACGAGCUGCACACUGCGUGUGAACGCUUCUACGACGCCUACAUCAAGUAUCUCGAGAGCUGCGUUCCGUGUCUUGACAGAUGUCCGGUCAACGCAUGGCCAUUAUACGCAAGUAUGUUUGUCUUCACCAUGGCCGUGGCCAGGACCAUGAGGUCUCCAACGACGGCCGCUUCCACUCCUCCGAACUUGGGCAAGUGCCUCUCUCUCGCGUCAGAUACUCUGGGUGCCGGCGCCAGCUCCAGCCCGUCACUUUCCCGUCUGCACUACAUACUCGUAGGCGAGUUGUCAGAACAUUUAGGGUAA